CAAAGGACGAUAUUCUCAGUUACGAAUUUUGAAUUUUGAACAUGGCGAGUUCAAGAGUGUUGGGUCUUGCAUUCUUGGUGUUACUCCUUGUGGACGUCUGCUUAGCAGCAAGGUCUUCUAUUUACACCAAGGCUGUUGGUAAAGGAGGGGGAGGUGGUGGUGGUGGCAGUCGUGGCUCUAGCAUUGGUUCGGGUUCUGGUUAUGGCUCUGGAAGUGGUUCUGGCUACGGUGGUGCUGAAGGAGAGGGAUAUGGAAGUGGUGGAGGUGGUGGUGGUGGCGGCGGAGGCGGAGGCGGUUCUGGUUCCGGUAGCGGAUCUGGAUUUGGUUCUGGAUCUGGAUCUGGAUACGGGUCAGGUGAGGGUGGUGGAGGCGGCAGAGGUGGUGGAGGUGGAGGUGGAGGUGGAGGUGGCGGAGGUGGAGGCUCCGGAUAUGGGUCUGGCAGCGGUAGUGGCUCUGGGUACGGUUCUGGGAGUGGUAGUGGGUUUGGAAGCGGUGGUGGUAAAGGUGGUGGGGGCGGUGGUGGCGGUGGAGGUGGUGGUGGCAGUGGUUCGGGUUCCGGCAGUGGCUCUGGCUAUGGGUCAGGGUAUGGCUCCGGCGGUGGCGAAGGAGGAACACCUUGAGGACACUUUUACUGUCGCCGUUAAAACUCAUUAUUCACAUUUCCAUGCAGUAAUUUCACUGUUUAGU